GCUCUGAGGGAAGGUGAAAGCGAAAGGAGGAAGCUCAGUAGUGCAGCCCGAGAGAGGUCAAGGCUUCGGCCUUCCUCCGUGUUGAUCCCACUCCUCUGAUCCCCUGCCCACCCGGAGAUGCAGAAGACAGCGCCAGAACCCCAAAAGGGCUUCUCCUUCGAAAACUGCGAGAGAAACGCAGCCUUAGAACGCUCCCUCCCGGGGCUCCGUGUCCCUCAUGCACGCAAGACCGGAACCACCAUCGCAGGCCUUGUGUUCCGAGACGGGGUCAUCCUGGGCGCGGAUACGCGGGCCACUAACGAUUCGAUCGUGGCGUACCAGAGCUGCGAGAAGAUCCACUUCAUCGCCCCUAAAAUCUACUGCUGUGGGGCUGGAGUUGCCGCGGACGCAGAGAUGACCACGCGGAUGGCGGCGUCUAACAUGGAGCUACACGCGCUGUCCACAGGCCGCGAGCCCCGCGUGGCCACGGUCACCCGCGCUUUGCGCCAGACGCUCUUCCGGUACCGGGGCUACGUGGGCGCCUCGCUGAUUGUGGGCGGCGUAGACUUCACCGGACCGCAGCUCUACUGCGUGCACCCCCACGGCUCCUACAGCCGUCUGCCCUUCACGGCCCAGGGCUCCGGCCAGGAUGCGGCCCUGGCAGUGCUGGAGGACCGGUUCCAGCCGAACAUGACGGUCCAGCCAGUACCGCUUUGCCCCUGGGACCACAGCUGUCCUGUCGGAGACAGUGAUGCCGCUGACCCUGGAGCUGCUGGAGGAAACUGUGCAGGCCAUGGAUGUGGAGUGAAGUAGGCUGAGGCUUAGAGCUUGGAACAAGGAGGAAUAAACCCAGAAAACACAAAUACCUAGACAGAUGGCUGUGUCCUUCCUGGGUGGAGGGGGACAAGCAGCCAGCAGGGCUCUGUACCUAAGGUAUCCCUGCAGGGGCCACUUCCUCCCAUGGCUUCAGUGCCUAGCCUAAGGGGUGCACUUCACCCAUCACCUUAGGCAUCUACCCCUCCAGAACCCCAGCCCUGGGAAGUAUCACAGGCUCAAAGUGGAAAGCCCCCCUCCUGACUCUCCACACUACAGAGCCUCCCCCUACCACUCCCAUGCCUUGCUCUUGCCCUCUAGUCCACUGAGGGCUGUUGUACAACCCAAAAGGCCCUAUGUAUUGCCCCCACAUAGAGCCUUUACCUGGCUCAUCAGUGGCCAAGGACACAGCCCACAGCUCUCAGUCAGACCGCCCCCAUCCCCACUGAUGGCUAAAAUGCUGGUGGAGGAGCUGCUCCCUGAUUCCAAGGGCAAGUUCUCACUCCUCACCCCUACAAUGCCUUUACCUGUGAAACCCCUCUGAUGACCAGGCAUACCUGAGGUGCUAACAUGAUGCUGAGCUUCUGUUUGCACAUGUUGGGCUGUCACUAAGGGGAUUGACUCCAAGUUUUCUGGGUGCCAGGGAUCACAGGGCUCAUGUGGGGGGAGAUAAUAUGACACAUUUAUCCAGCAGACUUUUGCUGAGCACCCACUGAGUGUCAGCCCAGGUGCAGGUUGCUAGUGGGAGCAUCCUGCCUUGGGAGAGAAUGGCUGAGCUCCCCUGGAGCUUUGGAACUGUUAGAGU